AUGUCGACUUCAUCUGCCAUGAACAACAAUGGUAGCAAUGCCUGCAGCAAUAACAACAGCCGAGCCCAACAGAUCUCAUAUGCCGAUCUUAUGAAGCCCGAUGAGGACUGGCGUGUCCUUCCAGAUGCUGCCGAACGCCGGAGGAUCCAGAACAGGCUUGCACAACGUGCCUACAGGCGUAACAUGCGUGACCGCACCAAAGAGCUCGAGAAGCUCAAGAAGGAACUGGCCACUUUGAAAAAGGACCCUGUUGGCCAGGCUUCUCCCCGCAUGUCUCCCCCGCAGCAGCCAGUGGCCACCAUGGUGUCGGCUCCUAGCGACGACUUCAUCUUUGACGGUACUAUGUCUUCGGAUAUGGGCAUGGCUUCCGCCUGGACCGAACCCUUCCCCUCGACCCAGUUCGAAGCUUCCAUUAACAUGGACUCGUACUUCCCCCAAGUCCCCGAGAUGGCCCGUCCGGGAUCCAAGCGCCGACGCACCAGCAUAUCCGAGGCUCACAUGCCUCCUCGUCCCGGCUCAGGCAGUCUUUCGAUCGGCGCCAUCCACGGCCACCAGCGCUCGCGCUCGCACACGCCCAUAUCCUCACCGCCCAUGGUUAACGCGGCCAUGAUGCAGGACGGUCUUGCAACUCCCCCCAUGGCCGAGUUCUUCCCCUCGCCUUGCAACUUCAACCUUGGUUCCGACAUGACCGGCCAAGCAAGCCUCUCUCAGGCCGACGACAUUCAGCCCUUCACUUUGGAUGGCUUCACCAACGACUGCAACGGCGACAACAACAACACCACGGCCAGCAGCUCUCUCGACCAGGGUCUCUGGACGCCGCCCAUGACCGGCAGCCUGUACGGCUCCUUCCUCACACCUCCGACCCAGCACCAGGAUGGGACCUCGAGCCCUCCCAACUGCUGGCAGAACAGCACGCCCUCAACUGUCAGGAGUGAGAACAUGGGCCGCUCCCGCAGCUGCUCUUCAGCCAGCAAUGUCUCGCCUUUCUCAGCCGCCACCAGCCAGUUCUCUUCUCCUGCCCUCAGUGCCACCGCAAAGACCGUACAGCCCAGUGGCUUGAACCUGAACAUGGUUGACACCACCAGCCACGACAACAUCUCCAUGCUCCCUACCAUUGACGGCAACACGGUCACCACUCCCAUCACCAACCAGAGCCAGUCCAGCUUGUUGCACCUCGCCGUUUCAGGCGGCCACCUCUCCGUCCUCAAGCUGCUCCUGCAGAGCUGCGAGAUUCCCAUCAACACUCGGGACGCCAAGGGCUACACUGCCCUCCAGCGCGCUGUCUUCGCCGGCAAGAUGGAGAUGGUCACCCUUCUUAUCGAGCACGGUGCCGACUUCAGCGCCGGCCGCCAGGACGACGGUGUCGAGGCCGCUGCCGAGCACGCUGCACUCCAGCGGCUGCUGUGGCAAGCGUCCCCACUUCCUCAGCGUCGCGAACAGGUCGUAGACGGCUGUGGUAAAGAAAGCAUUGUUGUCCUCCUCCUCGUCCAUCUUAUCCCGCUCCGUCAUGCGCCGCCGCGGCUUGCUCAGCUGCACGCGGAACCAGAGGUGCCUGAGCAUAAGCCGCCGUGCGCCCCGCAAGUAGUUGUCGAAAUCGGCAAGGUGCUUGGGUUUGAUGUGCAGGUCCCUGAACAUGACAGGCUCGAGAGCCUCCUGCCAAAAGCGACAGACGGUGACAUAUUGCGACAGCCGCGGCUUAGUGUGCAACAGCUUUUGCGCCUCCUUCUUCUUGAGUGCCACCAGUGCGUCUAG